AUGGCUCCUGCUAAGACAGACACCACUUGGACUGUCAAUUAUGAUGUUCUUAGACGGGAGCGGCUUUUUAAGAACCCUCCCCAGGAUCAUACCGCUUAUCCUUCACUAGCAGCCUCUAUCAAACCGCACAUUGACUCUUUCAAUGCACUCUUCGAAGACAGCAAGGUUUUAGAGGCCGGAUUGAAAGAUAUUGGUACCAAGACAUUCAUCGAUGGAGAAGCAGAAACGCCUGAGCAGAAGAAGGCCCGGCAGGCAGAGGGUCGAAAGGCACCAAAGCGGAAUAAGCUCCACGUUCGCGUCAAAGAGGUCUUUCUUGAGAAACCCGCCAUUCCUCCGACAAACAAAUUCACCACUCGCAACCGCAAUAUCUACCCAUCUGAGUGCAGAGAGAGACAUGCGACAUAUCGUGGCAAACUGCGCGCAAGGAUUGAAUAUCGGGUUAACAAUGGGGACUGGAUGGAGUCUGUUAGAGAGCUGGGUCAGGCUCCUAUUAUGAUGCGGACCAAUCGGUGCCAUUUGGAGAAGGCGACUCCCGCGGAGCUGGUUGAUCACAAGGAAGAGUCUGAAGAAUUGGGUGGCUACUUCAUUGUAAACGGAAACGAAAAAUUAAUCCGAAUGUUGAUUGUCGGAAAGAGGAAUUAUCCAAUGGCCAUUGUUCGCGGCUCUUUCGUUAAGCGUGGCCACACAUAUACCAAAUUCGGAGUCCAAAUUCGAUCCGUUCGUCCUGAUCAGACAUCUCAAACUAAUGUCUUACACUAUCUGAGUGACGGUAAUGUUACUUUCCGUUUCUCAUGGCGCAAGAAUGAAUAUCUCGUCCCGGCGAUGAUGAUUCUCAAGGCGCUGGUUGAGACGAAUGACCGCGAAAUCUUCGAAGGACUUGUUGGUAAUGCCUCUUCUGAAGGAAUCCACAACACUUUUGUCACGGAUCGCGUGGAACUUUUGUUGCGGACUUACAAGGGGUACAACCUACACAGCCGCUCCGCCUGCCGGUCUUAUCUGGGAGAGAAGUUCAAGCCUGUCCUUGGUGUUCCUAUGGACAUGUCUAAUGAGGAUGCUGGCACAGAGUUCCUGCGCAAGGUUGUCUUGCCGCAUCUUGGUAACCAAAAUGUCACCGAAACUCAGGACUACGACAAGUUCAAGUUGAUCAUGUUCAUGAUUCGGAAACUCUACGCUCUUGUUGCUGGUGACUGUGCUCCUGACAACCCCGAUGCCGUUUCUAACCAAGAGAUUCUACUUGGUGGUUUUCUCUACGGGAUGAUCUUGAAGGAAAGACUGGAGGAAUGGGUCAGAUCUUUUGGUCCUAUCCUGAGGGACUGGAGUAUGCGCAACCACGGGGCGACAUUCACCGAUUCCGCAUUCGAAAGGGACUUCUUGAGUAAGAUUGUGAAGCGGUCAAACGAGAACAUUGGUGGUGCGCUGGAGUACUUCCUGUCGACCGGUAACCUCAUCAGUCCGACAGGUCUCGAUUUGCAACAGACCUCUGGUUACACGGUCAUGGCUGAAAAGAUCAACUUCUAUCGAUUCAUCAGUCACUUCCGAAUGAUUCACAGAGGAAGCUUCUUCGCACAGUUGAAAACCACCACUGUCCGUAAGCUGCUUCCUGAAAGUUGGGGCUUCUUGUGCCCAGUCCACACACCUGAUGGAUCGCCUUGUGGUCUGCUCAACCAUCUUGCACAUAAGUGCUUGAUUGCCACUAGUGAUAUAGAUGUUUCUCACCUCCCAAGAUUACUAGUCCAGCUUGGCGUGCGUUCUGAGUCAUCCGUCUCGCUGGAGGAAAGUGUAACGGUUCAGCUGGAUGGCAGGAUUAUUGGUUACUGCUCACCGAAACAAGCUCGUAUGAUCGCUGAUACCCUGAGGCAUUGGAAGGUUGAGGGAAGGCACAAUGUCCCUCGAGAGCUGGAGAUCGGAUACGUCCCUAACUCUAACGGUGGCCAAUAUCCCGGUAUUUACAUGUUCUCUCAAGCGGCUAGGAUGUUCAGAGAGGUUAAGUACUUGCCUCUCGACGGACUUGAUUACGUUGGACCAUUCGAGCAGCCUUUCAUGGAAAUCGCCUGCUUGCCAUCUGACCUUGUCGCGGGUCUCUCGACGCAUAUCGAGUACACGCCGACAAACAUCCUCUCGAUUGUGGCUAACAUGACUCCUUUCUCCGAUUAUAACCAGUCGCCUCGUAACAUGUACCAGUGCCAGAUGAGCAAGCAAACAAUGGGAACUCCGGGCACAGCUAUCGACUACCGUACAGACAAUAAGCUAUACCGCCUGCAAACAGGACAGACACCGAUUGUACGUCCUCCGCUGUACAACGCGUAUGGUCUGGAUAACUUCCCGAACGGUACGAAUGCGGUUGUCGCUAUCAUCUCAUAUACGGGCUACGACAUGGACGACGCUAUGAUUAUCAACAAAUCCUCACACGAACGUGGAUUCGGUCAUGGUACGAUCUAUAAGACUAAGGUCCACUCCCUUGAUGAGAAAGAUUCGCGGAGACACAAAUCCAGACGCGAGAUCACAAAGUUGUUCGGAUUCGCUCCGGGAGGCGAGAUUAGGGCCGAGUGGCGUAACACUAUUGACGAGGACGGUCUUCCUCACAUCGGUGCUAGGGUGAAAGAGGGCAGUCUCGUAGCUGCAUGGCAUAACGUGCGUUAUGAUGCAGCUUCGGACACCUACGUGAAUGUCGAUGGUAUCACGCAUUUUGUCAAGUACAAGGACGCCGAGGAAGGAUACAUCGACAGCAUCCGUAUCAUGGGAGCCGAGACCGGUAUUGAACCAUGUCAAUCCCUCAGCGUCAAGUAUCGUAUCCCAAGAAAACCUGUUAUUGGUGAUAAGUUCUCUUCCCGUCACGGACAGAAGGGUGUUUGCUCUCAACUCUGGCCCGCAGUCGACAUGCCCUUCUCCGAGAGUGGCAUUCAGCCCGAUCUGAUCAUCAAUCCUCACGCUUUCCCAUCCCGUAUGACAAUCGCUCAGAUGAUCGAAUCAAUGGCCGGCAAAGCCGGUGCUCUCCACGGCCACCCCCAGGACUCGACCCCCUUCCAAUUUUCGGAGGAGAACACAGCCGCCGAUUACUUCGGCCAGCAGCUUCGCAAGGCAGGCUACAAUUACUUCGGCAACGAACCCCUUUACAGCGGUAUCACCGGCAAAGAGUUCGCCGCCGAUAUCUUCAUCGGUGUCGUCCACUACCAGCGUCUCCGUCACAUGGUUAACGACAAGUUCCAAGUCCGUACCACUGGUCCCGUGAAUUCCCUGACCGGACAACCCGUCAAGGGUCGUGCCAAGGGAGGUGGUAUCCGUGUCGGUGAGAUGGAACGUGACUCCCUCAUUGCCCACGGCGCAGCAUUCAUCCUCCAAGACCGUCUCAUGAACUGCUCCGAUACCCAACGUGCCUGGAUCUGCCGCGACUGUGGCUCUUUUCUCUCAACACAAGUCGCCAUCGCUGGUGGCUCUAGCAAAGCCCGCAGCCAAGCCGCCGCCGCUGCCGCCGCGAAGGCCGCUUCUAGCCAGCUUACUCAGGGUGGCGGCUCUUCCGGCAUCGUCCGCUGCAGACGCUGCGCUCGUGAAGCUGUCUUCGAUGACUCCCGUGCCGUUACCUGGGAAGAUGGCGAGGGUCGUCGCUACGUUGGCGGUGAUAAUGUCACCGUCGUCGCUGUUCCGGGUGUGCUUCGGUAUCUGGAUGUUGAGCUUGCUGCAAUGGGUAUCAGGAUGAAAUUCAAGGUGGACAAUUAG